UCUCUCUCUCUCUCUCUCCUCCUUUCCCUCUGUCUCUAAAAGGCUUUAGUUAGCCCUUCUCGUCUGAUGGUUGGUGAUCUUCCUAAAUGCUCUCCUUGACUGCUGCCUCUGCUUCAUGAAGGUCCAGGCCCCGAGGAACCAAGAGCCGCUGCCUAGACCCCUUGAGGCCCCUGGGGGAAGGCAGGAGGGAGGAGGCCUGGCCUCGCUCGACCCACAAUUCCUCUCCCCAAUCCCAGGGAGGUGUGGGCCUCUUCCACUCUGCCCCCUGGGCCCCACAGCGGGGAGAAGAGAAGAGGAGGCAAAAAAAGCCAGGGCUGAGCCAUUCUCAACAGCUUCCCAGCCUAAGCAGAGUCUGGGAAGCUCCCCAAAGCCAGAAGCACAUGGGCUGGGUCAGCCUCCCCCUCCUGCUCUCCCUCCUUCGGAGGGUCCAGGGACACAGUGUUCCAGGAUAUGAAUGGACAACAGUUUGUGGACAACCUCAGACUCAUGGACGAAUCCUUGGGGGCCAAGAAACUACCCAAAGUCAGUGGCCGUGGCAGGCAAGUCUGAAGUAUAAGACCCACCACUGGUGCGGGGCCUCCCUCAUCCACUCAAGUUGGGUGUUGACAGCUGCUCAUUGCUUCCAGGACAUGGCUCAUGAUCCCAAUGUUUGGAAAGUUCAACUAGGCUCCCGUUCAAGUAAGCCACGCAAAUUAAGCUUUAGCUUUUUGCGUGCCCGACGGGUAUCCAGAAUCAUCUUGCAUCCCUACUACCUCGGGUGGCCUCCCAAAGACAUCGCCCUGGUCAAGCUGGAGUCCCCAAUAUUCUUCAUGAGAAGUAUCCUGCCUAUCUGUCUCCCAUCUUCCAUAACUGAGUUACAAAACCUCAACAAUUGCUGGGUGACAGGCUGGGGAAGAAUAAAAGAAAACCAAGUCCUAGGGAAGCCCUGGUACCUGAAAGCAGCAAAGUUGCCCAUCAUUGAUCAAGAGACCUGCGACAAGUACUAUCACGUUGGAACAAACCUUCCUUUUUUUAUAUCCAGGAUAUAUGAUGACAUGAUAUGUGCUGGAUUUGAAGACGGCAGUAAGGAUGCCUGUCAGGGUGACUCUGGAAGCCCCUUGGCAUGUGAGGUCAAUGGUUCUUGGCAUCUGGUAGGCAUUGUGAGCUGGGGAGAUGGCUGUGGUCGGCCUUACCGGCCUAGUGUCUUCACCAAUGUCAGUUUGCACACUGACUGGAUCUUAAACACGAUUAGCUCAAGUACUUUUAGCUCAAUACCCUCUAAGCUUGUUGUCCUCCUCACUCUGCAACUGUACUAUGUCUUCCUUGAGCCCAUUUCCCAGGGUGCCUACUUAAGGUCUGAAAAAUGUGGCCAUGACCUAAGCUAA